AUGGAGCUACCAUCAAGAGAAAAAUCAGGACAAUCUACAGAAAGACAAUGUCCUCUGGAUUAUCCAAAGAGUCCUUAUCAUGCAAUGGAAUUCCUCUCUCGAACUUGGAGCCCUUCAUCUGAUGACUUCUUUAAGUUAUUCACAGUGAAUAAUUUAGUGCCCCGUCUUGAAGAUAAAAAUGAUGCAAAAGAAGAGCAUGAGGAACAUGAAGAAGGUCAAAUUCAAUGCAUCCAAGCUCAAGAAUUGAACAUGGGACAAAAAAAGAAAUGGCCAGUUCAUGAAAGAGAACAUCAAAUUGGCAAGAUGAAAUUAGGACAACCAAAGUCAUGGUUGAGUAGAGAGCUUCUAAAAAAUAUCUUAAAAGUAAGUCCAAAAAGAAGGAAAGAAGAGCUUCGGUUGCAUGUGUCUCAAGUCAAUGCAGCACUCUCUGUAGCAAACUUAGCUGCAGCCAUUUCAGGCAUCUUAGCUAACUGUUCAUUGGAUCCAAACAAGCAUGGUAUAAACAUGAUGAACUUGAUCAAUGGAGGUCACGAAGAAUGUGAUCAAAUUAAGAUGAAUUCAGUUCUUGCUUCAGCUGCAGCCUUGAUAGCCACAGUUUGUGCUGAGGCGGCUGAGUCGGUCGGCGCACAAAGAGCUCACAUUUCUUCUGCAAUCAGCUCCGGACUCCAAACUCGGACUUCUGCCGAUAUGCUCGAUCUCACUGCAAAUGCAGCCACAAGUUUAAGAGGAGUGGCAACACUUGAGAGAAGAGCAACAUCAAAACUGUAUAUUUCUGAUGAUCAGAAGAUGCUGUCAAAUGGAUCAAAACUUCUCAUUCGUACACCUGCUGGGAAGGUGGAACUAAGAAGUGUAAGGAUAUACCUUAAACACAGUAAACUCAUUCUGCUACUCGGAAAGAAGCUUAUGGGU